GGUUCGUAUAUUUGCUCCGCAUCACGCGCUGCAGACAUGGAAAAAGGAGUCGGUGUGUGUGAAAUGGUUAGUGUUAGCGCUGAAAGACAUCGUAUAAGUUCUUUAAGGAGCGCUGAGGAGCUCGCGUGACAGCAAAGUCAUCCGUAGUUCGAGCGACUUUUCCUUGUCAUGCUAUCAGAAGAUAAAAACGACCAAGAUGAGGAAAACAUGAUUUGAGGACUGAUUUUUUAUCGGUGAGGAGGGUCUUGGAGUUGUCACUGAGUGUCCUUUUCACGCGGUUUCUGAGGGGCAGUUGGUGAUGAUGAUGAUGAUGAUGAUGAUGAUGGAGGAAGAAAAUGAACACCUUACAGUGUAAUGCCUUCUCACACCAAAUAGUUGAGUUGAGCGUGUAUACCCGCUUAUAUUUCCUGCUUCAUAUGCAGGUAUGUACACACUUACCUGUCUAUAUUUCCUGGUUUGCCGUGUCUUCACCUGGAGAGUGCUUUACUCAAGCCAGGAAGUAACGUUAGGAAACCCAAGAGCCUUUUAGAUUGAAGUCAGAAAAUGAUCCAGGGAUUACCCAGUAGAUUCAAACGAAACUUCACCCUAGAGCUAGUUCAAGAGCUGACAGACUUGGUCAGAUAAUAUCGCGUGAUUGGAUUCCUCUCAUCUUCUGAAACGCGCAACUAUCAUGGAGCUCAAGAUGUUCAUCCUCGUCUUGGGGCUCCUGGUGGGCACCAGCUCUCCAGACAUGGGCACCAAUCACGGAAAGUCCCCGGACAGCCAUAACCACGGGCCCCAGAAUCAAGGGAACCACACUCAGUCCAAGAAGCCCUUCCCGGUUCUGUCUUUGGGUUAUGAUCACGUCAGGCUCCCCUUUGAGAUUUCAUUAUGGGUUUUGCUGGCUUCACUCAUGAAACUGGGGUUCCACCUGAUCCCUCGCUUGUCCUCCAUCGUGCCGGAGAGCUGUCUGCUGAUCGUGGUGGGCCUGCUGGUCGGCGGUCUCAUGAAGCUGGUAGGCGAGAUCCCUCCGGUACUGGAGUCCAAGAUCUUCUUCCUGUACCUGCUGCCUCCCAUCAUCCUCGACGCCGGCUACUUCUUGCCCAUACGGCAAUUCACUGAGAACCUGGGCACUAUUCUCAUGUUUGCAGUGGUGGGAACGCUCUGGAAUGCCUUCUUCGUUGGUGGUCUGCUGUACGGCGUUUGCCAGCUGGAGGGCCAUAGACUGGUGACAGUGGACCUGCUGUCGUGCCUGCUGUUCGGCUCCAUCAUCUCGGCUGUGGACCCCGUGGCUGUUCUGGCUGUGUUUGAGGAGAUCCACAUUAACGAGCUGCUCCACAUCCUGGUGUUCGGAGAGUCUUUACUUAAUGACGCCGUCACUGUGGUGCUGUAUCAUCUCUUUGAGGAGUACAGCAGUGUGGGCUCGAUCACUGUCAUGGAUGUGUUUCUGGGUAUCGUGUGUUUUCUGGUGGUGUCGUUGGGCGGUAUCGUGGUGGGCGCCAUCUACGGCAUCCUGGCGGCCUUCACAUCCCGCUUCACCUCGCACACGCGCGUCAUCGAGCCUCUGUUCGUCUUCGUCUACAGCUACAUGGCUUACCUAUCGGCGGAGGUGUUUCAUCUGUCUGGCAUCAUGGCGCUAAUCGCAUGUGGUGCCGUCAUGCGUCCCUACGUGGAGGCCAAUAUUUCCCAUAAAUCCCACACCACCAUCAAGUACUUCCUGAAGAUGUGGAGCAGCGUGAGCGACACGCUCAUCUUCAUCUUCCUGGGAGUGUCGACCGUGGCCGGGCCGCACGAGUGGAACUGGACCUUCGUGAUGGCGACCCUCAUUUUCUGCCUGGUGGCGCGUGUUCUGGGUGUUGUCGGCUUGACCUUCGUGAUCAAUAAGUUCCGUAUCAUCAAACUCACCUCUAAGGACCAGUUUAUCAUAGCUUACGGAGGACUGAGAGGAGCCAUCGCCUUCUCCCUGGUCUACCUGCUGAAGACUGAACACUUCCCCAUGAGAAACAUGUUCCUCACUGCCAUCAUCACUGUCAUCUUCUUCACGGUGUUUGUGCAGGGCAUGACCAUUCGACCUCUGGUGGACCUCCUGGCGGUGAAGAAGAAACAGGAAACGAAGCGAUCUAUUAAUGAGGAGAUUCACACACAGUUUUUGGACCAUCUGCUAACCGGCAUUGAGGACAUCUGCGGACAUUACGGACAUCAUCACUGGAAGGACAAGCUGAACCGGUUCAAUAAGAAGUACGUGAAGAAGUGCCUGAUAGCAGGCGAGCGCUCCAAAGAACCGCAGCUGAUCGCCUUCUACCACAAGAUGGAGAUGAAGCAGGCCAUCGAGCUGGUGGAGAGCGGCGGCGGAGCCAAGCUGCCCUCGGCCCUGCCGUCCACCGUCUCCAUGCAGAACAUCCAGCCCAAGAAGCCUCCUCAAGACCGGGCGCUGCCGCAGCUCUCCAAGGCUCGUGAGGAAGAGAUCAGGAAGAUCCUGCGCACCAACCUGCAGAGGACCCGCCAGAGACUGCGCUCGUACAACAGACACACUCUGGUUGCUGAUCCAUACGAGGACGGCUGGAACGAACUCCUCAUCAAACGGAAGAAAAUGAUGGAGCUGGAAAAGAAGAUAUCACAGAUGAACAAUUACCUCACUGUUCCCGCUCCGCCUCCUGAUUCCCCCACCAUCGCUCGAGCUCGACUGGCUUCAGACCCUCAAGCAUGGGGCCUCAAGUCUGUCACAGAAAGCAUCCCCACCAUUAAAGUGGACCUCGCCUCACCGCAGAGCCCAGAGUCCGUCAACGUGGUGGACGAGUUUGGCAAGAAGGGAAGCCAGUCGAAGGCGAGCAAGGAGGAGGAGGGCGGCCUCACCAUGAAAGUUCCCUCUCCUACGAAGCAGAGAAAAGACAAAACGGCCGACGAGGACAACGACAAGGAGCCGCAGCAACGGUUAAUGCGCUGUCUGAGUGACCCGGGCCCCACCGCUGAAGAGGAAGAUGAGGACGAGGCCUUCCUCCCCUGAGAGAUGAAUGAGCUCCGGCCACCUCCUCAAGGACGUCCACAUGGAGGAUCACUAACUGCUGUAAUACAAGAGGACAGAUGUAUAAUCUGUAGGAAGCCAAAACGAAAGGAAAAUGAACCAAAAUAAAGGAAAUGAAAGGGAGCGAUCAAAAUAAGCCAUUCAUUUUUUUUUGUUUAUCAUUGCUCUUUUCAUUUGAAGCCUAAAGGCCCGUUCACACCAAGGACGAUAAUUAUAAAAAUAACGAUAAAGAUAAUAGUUCUAAAAA